UUAGUUUUGUUUACUGAUCCUCCAGUUGUGUCCUGAGAACUUGCCAAAAUAUCACACUGUCACUCCUCUCUGUUGCUAUCCGUCGCACUUGUGGAAUAGUGUUUCUAAUGUAAAAUAUGACAAAGCCAGUAUCCAUUCUCGUUUAUAAGUUCAUAUUAUUAUUCAUGUCAGUUUUUGUAAUAAGACCAAAUAUAACUGUGGAGGCUAAAGAGAAUUGCGCACAGAAACUAGACUUGGUCAUCAUACUGGACACCUCCUCAAGCGUGACGUGGCCAAACUUCAAACUAAGCAUAGCUUUCAUCCAGAAUCUCAUAAGGCCGUUACAAAUAGGACCAGACAACAUCAGAGUGGCCUUAAUGAGAUACUCCAAUGACGUUGAAGUUCUUUCUAAUUUAGGCGAAAGAAUGAAUAAAGAGGAGAAAGAAAAAGAUGUAUUAAAAAUUAAAUACAAGCAUGGUAAUACACACACACAUGAGGCACUAAACAAAACCAGGACAGAUGUAUUGGUGGAAAAGAAAGGUGAUCGACCAGAGGUGCAGGAUCUGGUAGUCUUGAUCACAGAUGGGAGGUCUACGAAGCGUGGCACAAAAGAAGAAGCAAUGAAGCUGAAAUCUAAACAGUAUCUAAAGAUUUUGACCAUUGGUGUUACAAAAGACAUUGAUGAACCAGAGCUGAGGAAUGUUUCAUCCGGCACUGACCUGUUCCUAAAAAUUGAUUCGUUUGCAGACUUCAAUCGUCAUCUGGAUCAACUUAAACCUGUCGUUUGUUCUGGUGGUAAUGUAAGUUUAAAUGCUCAGCCAUCAGAUCAGGGUGUCAAGGGGAAAAAUGAUUCAAGUCUUCAAAACUUUGAGACCAGCACAACCUUUAAAACUAGGUUGACAUCAUACAACCAUCAUACCCAAAUGAUGACAUUCAUGCCAUUAACUAUCACUCAUCAACCAGAGUCUGUGUCAUCGCACGUUGAAUCUGGCUCAAUAUUUUCUACUUCUUCGGUGUUUUCUGUAACAUCAAUACCAUCGUUACCGUUGAUUACCUUAGACAGCAGUGUGAUGCCCUCAUUAUCUAUCUCGCAAACAGUAAUAUCACAGUUAACGCCCGUUUCUGAGACAUCCUUACUGCCAUCGUUUAUGAAUACAGACUUGUUUUCAUCGACUGUACAGGAUAUUUUAUCUACGAGUUCCUUAGCGUUUUCUGAAUCGGACUUUAGGACAAGUCAAUCAAUAAAGGACACCGUUGUUUUACCAUGGAUUUCAGCUCAUGAAAUGCUGUCACCUACAUUUUCGUCACCUAUAUAUUUGUCUUCAUUCAUUUUGAACAUGUUACUAUCUCCAUCUAGUUCCGAGAUCAUGCCAUCAUUAGUAUCAUCAGGUUCUGAAAUACGGUCAUCUAUUACAGAAACUGGAGUUUUGGACAUUUCAUCAUCAAAUUUGGACACCAUCAUCUUGCCAUCAUCAUCAAUUUUGGAAAUUGGGAGUAUAUUUCCAUCCCCAUCAAUUUCGGACACUGUCAUCUCACCAUCCCCAUCAAUUUCGGACACUGUCAUCUCACCAUCCCCAUCAAUUUCGGACACUGUCACCUUUUCAUCUCCAUCAUUUUCGAACAUCGUGAUAUUUUCUUCGCCAUCAAUUUCAGACACCGUACAAUUUCCAUUACCAUUAAUAUUGCCAUCAAUUACUGACACCGUAAUACAAUCAUUAACAUUAACUUCCAAGUUAAAGUCUAUUUCAUCUACCUAUUCCGAUAUACCACUUAGCAAUGACUUCAACACCAUCUCAGAUUUAACUGACAUAGAAACUUCGUUAGCAUCCAAUCGUAACUCACUUGAAUUUGUUUCGGAAUCUGGUCUACAUAACAUUGAUAUGGCACCAGUUACUGACACACUAACAGACGUCUCCAACAAGCACACUGACACAUUGGUGUCACCAAGUUCUAUGUCUAUUGACACACUGAUGUCAUCACGUCUUACGUCUGUCUCAAAAACUACGUCUUUAAAAGUCUAUCCAAGAGACUCACAAGAGUAUCUAUCGCUAAUGAAUAAUGAACAAAGCUCAAUAUUCUUUUCAUUAGAGAACUCCAAGAGAGUGUCUAAGACAGUGUCCCUCACAUCAACAGUACAGGUGAUGUCGACAUUACUUUCAAAGAUGAACUAUCCUGACCAGAACCGAGACCCAAAUAACAAAAUGCCAUCGUUUGUUCCAACAAACUCCAUCAUGACGUCAUCGGAAGUCUCUUUCUCUCUGCCUAAAGAAUUAUCUUCCCUGAGUUCAAUUAGAACAUCAUCUUUAAAAAACAACAAACUUAUGGAAUCGUUCACUUCGUAUACAAAUCAGUUCACAGAAAGGGCUGAGCCUACUUCAAGUUCUGUGUGGCAUCAGUCAGUCAUGAUUGAAAACUACAACACAUCAAUUUUAACUGGCGCCGAGACUAGGAGAACGCUAUGGACUUAUCUAUCGGCAACAAUUGCUGGUUUUAUCGCCGUCUUGUUGGCAGGAAUCUGUUUGGCUGUUGUAAGCAGGAAAAGUCAAGAAAGAGCUCGCCAGGAAGCAGCACAAAUAAAUGUAGAGGCUCAAUGACAGAGAGAGACAGACAGAAAGAGAGAUAAAGAGAGAGAGAAAGAGAGAGAUAGAGAGAGAGACAGAAAUAGAGAGAGAGAGAGAAACAGAAAGAGAGAGAGAUAGAGAGAGAGACAGAAAUAGAGAGAGAGAGAGAAACAGAAAGAGAGAGAGAGAGAGAGAGAGAGAGAGUUCGUAUUCUGAGACCUACAUUCGCAAUAACUACACUAUAGAAACACUUUAUACUUAAUGUUUGUCAGAAUGAAUAUGUGACAGCUUGUUUAUGUACUUUUUUUUUCAAAGAACUAUUCCAAUUCUAUAGUUAAUCAUGGAUUAUUUCCUUUAAAUAAAAGGCAUAAUUCUCUUUA